ACCGGCUCCAUCCUCUUCCGUUGCGCAAACUGCGCUGCACACCAGCUUUCGUCCUCCCAACCACCUGCUUCCUCUCCAUCCCCAUCCAUGCCGAUGGCCUCCCACGUCGUCGCCGUCUCCGUCGCAACGGCCGCCUCGCCCCCUCACGUCGCCGCCUUCUCCCUCUCCCCGCGGCCUCGAUUCGCUCGCGCCGUUACGCUGUGCCGCCGCGCGCGUGCUGCUCCCCUUCUCCGAUCCUGCACCCGCUCGCGCGGCGCCUCCCUGGUUUGCGCGGCCCAGGGCCAGGACACCGCCAUCCAAGUUUCUGAUGUUAACAAGUCAACAUGGCAAUCACUUGUUGUGGAGAGCGAGCUUCCAGUUCUUGUUGAGUUCUGGGCUUCAUGGUGCGGACCAUGCAAAAUGAUAGAUCCUGUCAUUGGUAAACUUUCAAAGGAGUAUGAAGGGAAGCUGAAAUGCUACAAGCUCAACACUGACGAGAACCCCGACAUGGCAACCCAGUUUGGCAUCCGCAGCAUUCCCACCAUGUUGAUAUUCAAGAACGGUGAGAAGAAGGAUACAGUGAUUGGAGCUGUUCCGGAGAGCACCCUGGUUACCUGUGUGGAGAAAUAUGUCGAGACGUGAAAUCUCGAAUCAAACAUUUUCUAGGAAAACAAGUCAUCAACCUUUCCGCCUAGAUGAAUAUAAUCAUUCAACCCCUGUUUGGUAGUAGUAUGUAGAUAAUAAUGAGAUAGCCUCCAAUAAGUUUGUUUCAAGCCGGACAGGUUUUCUGAAUGAAAAGAACCAAGGUUGCUUCUAGUGUACGUUAGAUUCCCAUUUUCCAAUUGUUCUGAUGUAUGUACUGUACUAUAACUAUAUGUAUACCUACAGGAUCAGAUUCGAUCUCCAAUUGUCCUCAGAAUCUCCAUUGAUUUUGUUGGGCUUAACUAAUUAAUCAGAAUCCCUUGCUGAAGGUUAUUGU